AUGGUGCUUUCCCCACAAGGCAAUAAAUGCCAAUCGGUUCCUGACUUGCAUUCAAGCAUGGAUGCAGACGCUGCCAUUAAUAUAACACAGAGAAAUCCUAAGAGGAAACAGCCCGACUGUGAACUUGCAUUGGCUAUAACUACACUCACCGAAGAAUUUAGAAGACAAGUGAAUGCUUUACGUGUUGACAUGCACGACCAGUUCGCAAGCAUAAACGCGAGUAUUAAUAAUCUUAGAGACGAGUUUAAUAAUUUGGCUUCUACCUCCGCUCAAACACAAAAUGAUUUAAAAGCAUUACGUACAGAAUUCUCCGAUACCAAAAAGGAUGUAUUGAUGCUAAAUACAAAAUACCAGGAACUAUCGAGGGUCGUGACAGAUUUGCAGUCGUCGGUCAACUUUAAUUCAGCGAACAAUAUUGAUAACGUGAAACGUAUUGCGGAGAUCAAGUUGGAGUUUGACAUUUCUGCGUCUGAGACUAAGCGGAUGUUCCAAAGUGAAAUAGAUAAGCUGAAUCAGAAUGCUCGUCAGUGCAAUAUUGAGAUAUGCAAUCUACCUGAAAAACGUGGUGAAAAUCUAUUUGUCAUCUUCGAGUCGAUUGCGUCUAUCAUCAACAUGCCUAUAAAACAACAAAAUAUCGUGGCUAUUCAUCGUGUCCCACACGCACACACACAGAAUUCACGUCCUAAAAAUAUUAUAGUAAAGUUGACCUCCCAGAUACUUCGUGAUAACAUACUGAGCGCUUAUCGGCUGUCUAAAGGUAUCACAUCGGAUCGUGUGGGUCUCGCAGGCACGCAAUGUCGUAUUUACAUGAACGAGCACCUGACGCUUCGUAAUAAAGAGUUAUUUCGGAAAUGUCGCGAAGCUGCAAAAACAUUCCAUUAUAAAUAUGUAUGGGUUCGUAAUGCCACUAUAUUGGUCAAGGAAACUGAUGAUUCAUCAGCCUUUGCAGUCCGCACGGAAGAUGAUAUACAUAAAAAGUUCAAAUCUAACAAUCCCUCCAAUAAAAUCAUCGAUAAAAACCCAUCUUAA